AUGAUGGGAGUAGAGUUAUACACCACGAUAACACACUCCCAUCGAGCCAACCUGCUCGCAGAAUUUUAUCCACAUUCAAAUGCCUUGGGUGUACCUAACCUGUCGUGGACGAGCAUUCCUCGAUACCCUCUUUCUGGUCCUUAUGUGGAGAUUCAGAACCGUCUGGCGAUUGUGAAAGUUCCCGAUAUGGAAAUUUGGAGCUGUGCCAUGUCUCCAACAGCAGCUGGCUUUGUUAUUGUAAGUAAUGUGUGAUAGCAACCGUAUUUCAAUGCAAAGUUCCUAUUUCAGUUUGUUCUUGUUGUUGUUUGGGGAGGUUCAAGUAGCUUAAGGUUCGUGAAAUCAGGAUUUUUUGUAGCUCGAAACAGCAUGCGGUCGCACGAGGAAUGUAAGAAUCCCCUGCACCCCGGCCUCCAACUCCGAACAUGUACCACGAUGCAGUUAUGAAUUUGCUCGUCCGACCGAGAGUAAAAUAGGCCUAAACGAUUGAUGGUCUCGUUGUUAUUAUCUUCUUGCCAGAAUAAUGGAACUUAUGUCCUGAAACUCAACAUUUCACCAAGUGCAUUUAUCUUCAGUAAAACUGAUGAUUACAAUUCUCGUCAUCUACGCGGUUCCACAGGAGUUGUUACCCUUGUACUUCCGUCUACAAGACAUCAGAUUUUUACGCACACCGUGCAGCUUUAUUCCGUUGAUGGAGUGCAACACUCCUUAGUGUCUUGCCUGGAGCAAACGAUUUGUGUUCCUGGACCUUGGCUGGAAGAGUACCAGGAAGGCCCCGCAAUUGAACAUCCCAUUAGGAAGAUCAGGCCUCAAGGUGAAUGCUAGUGUGAAAAUGUGUGUUUUCAAACAGUAGGGUUUUGAGGUUGUAAUCUAGGAUAGAUGAGUGAAGUUGAUGCAAGAGUACCAAAUAUCUGAUCUGAGAAACCAACCCGUCGAGACUGGCAUGCUUUAGAAAUUAGUGGGGUAGAGUUGAGUUUGAUUAUAUGUACAGCGCGUCGAUUGCACGAUUCUACCUGACCAUGCACAAAAAAAAUCAGAAAGCGGGAUGUGCGACAUUACAAUUGCUACCAGCUAGCGUAUAACGGACAUUCAACAGGAAAAGGAAGGAAAAUAGGGAAAGGGAUUAAUAAUUCCUCUUUUAAGUAACUGAACAUUUCAAAGACUAUGAUUCUUUUAGUCUGGGCUUUGGAAUCCAGAAUCCAAGACAGUCUUGGAUUCCAUUACAUGGGGCUAGCUAUUUUUAGUAGUAUGAUAUUUCAAAUGGUUCAUGUUGCCAGGUGUGUGGGCCAGUAACGCGGGAAUGAAUAUUCUCAAGCUGUUUCAGGGCCUAGCAGAUGAUGGUAAGUAACAGUCACAUUUUUCUGUUCGAGCAAAAAGGCACCUCAACCUCGUUUCUACAUUGUAGGUUCCAAUCCUACUCUUGCCUAUAGAGGGGUCACUGGCAACGAGGUUGAAAACGCCUGCUUUGAAGGCUUACGAAAAAAUUUUAUUUCUCUAAGGAAAGCGAGAAACCUUCAUGGAGUAUUUAGAAGGGCUUUACAAGUUCGCUGACAAACUUCCGAAGUUCAAAGAUUUGAUCCCACAGCUAUUAUAUGAGGUGUGUAUUUUUAUAAUUAUCGUGUUACUUUGAGCAGCCAUGAUAUCUAACCUACUUUCAUGUAGUCUAUUUUGUUUGAAGAUCCCGCAUUGUUCGGCUGAUACAUUGUAAAGCCCAAGUAAACUAAAAGUUGGCCUCAAUUUUAAAUGCUAUCACAGCUACCCAAAAGUGGCAUAUCCUACAAUAAUUUUAUGACCUUGAAGAGCUAACCACGUAAUAGUGGAAUCGUUCCAAAAUAUUGUCACACAUCUAAAACAGUUGCAGUCUCACCCCUUCUCCCCUAUUCCCUUGAACCACACCAAGCCCCAGUUCUUCAAAAGGUGGAUAGCACUAUCCGAUGGAUAAAUAUAUAUCCAGUGGAUAACGCGGGCAAUUGAUUUCCCAAAUACUUAUCCGCUGGAUAGUGAUUUAUCCGAGGGAUGGUGUGCUUCUAAGUAUCAUCCGGUACUAGGACCGCCAGUGACCUCUCCUGUCAGUGUAGCACCUUUGACGGGGUUGUAUCACCGUAACUCCAUUUCCUUUCCUUCUUUCUAGCUGGCCCUACUGGACUUACACGAGAACCGCAUCGAAGAGGCAAAGACGCACGCAAAGGAAGCACUGCUCUUAUCGCGGACAUAUCACUCGACCAAUCACUGUUAUCUGCUAGCUAAACUGAAAUACGUGGAGUCAGCGCUUGCCCGUAGGGAAGGGCAAUAUGAAAAGGCUGAGGAAUUACUCGACGAUUCCGUAGAGGUGGGAAUCGAAAGAAAAUAAUUUGAUGCGUAGCUAGGUGCAAAUCGUUCGAAGAUCCUCUUGAAUACUGGGAUACUGGGCUAAACCCCAAUAUUAAAUAGUAUUCUGGUAUAACGUGUUUUGCUAAACUUACAGUCUCCUGCACUACUAAUAUCCCUCAUGCGAUGAGUUAUUAAUUAAUUUCUUUCCUUUACUUUUUAGCUGCUACUACCAUGUGCUGCAGGUGAAGAAACAGCAAAAAACAGAUAUUUCUUGGCCUCGUUUUAUGUGGAGAAAUCUGCUAGAGUUGGAAUCUCUGAAAAUGAGGAGACCAUUGCAGAGAACUGCUUCCAGGAUAUCGAACGCCAUUUAGACGCUGAAAUCCGCCCCAUAACUAAUCGUUUUCAAAUAAGAGCUAAAAACAGACGGUUCGCUUUCUAUGUCAAGUCUUCGAGACAUGUGAAAAAUCUUGAUUUCCAGCAGGUGCCUGAGGAACAAAUGGCCAAAGCAUCCCAUUUGAUUACGGAAAUUGAAGAGGGACUUUUGUCAUUUUAUCUAAAGAAAGCACUUCUAAGCUUCGACAUCCUCAAGACUGAUUUCUUCAUAAGGACAAAGAACUUUGAUCAAGGUACUUAAUUUACAGAUUCGAUUCACAGUCGACAGUCAUUUUCGCAAGAAAAAGCUCUGAUGAUAUGAAACCAUUGGUUAAUUUCUGCAUGAGUGAUCUCAUUAAUAACAUAAAAAUAUAACACAACUUUCCUUACCACUUUUACUAGUCGACACCAGCCUCAGUAGUUUAUAUAACAGUCAUGCCGGUCGAAUAAAACAACCCCUAAAUAAUUAAAACAAACAAACAAAGCUAUUAAAACUGCACCAAAAUUGAAAUUAGUGCAAAGAAUGUCGCUAAAAAUUACAUUAACUCCUUGUUUGAGGUAUAAUUAUAUUACACUGAAUCAAACUUUUCGCUCUCCGUCAGGAAUUGAACCAUCAAAGGAGGCCCUCAAAAUUGCCCGAGAAAAACAAUGGAAAGAAUAUGAAGACGUUGCUAAUCAAAGAUUGGAGCUGUGUGCAUGUCGCUGGCUAGAAAGACAGCCCGGGGAAAUUCCUUGUACCUUGUAAAUGAAGACAACGAUUCCGCCGUAUUUUAAUUAAGGUUUAAGCAUAGCUAAGGCAUAAGAUUAGAGCCAAAAAAUGAAACUAGAAGGCUGGUCUUCAAUUCUUUCUUAUUGGUUCAAACAAUCAGAUCCAAGAAAAAGACCUC